AUGGAAGAAAAUCAUAGGCCACCACCACAGAGGACAUUGGGAGAUUUCAUGACUCCCACUGUCAUUCGACCAAUUGGGAGUGUUGUUGGACCCAAUGUGGAGCCCAACAACUUUGAGUUGAAACCUGCAUUAGUACAAUUGGUGCAGAAAGAACAAUUUGCUGGCACUAGUGCAGAAGACCCCUAUCUGCACAUUGAGAAUUUCUUACUUUUGAGCGAUAUGGUGAAGAUCAAUGGUGUGACUAGAGAUGCUAUCUUGUUAAGAUUGUUCACUUAUUCACUGAAGGAUGAUGCAAGAAGAUGGUUACAAUCAUUACCUCAAGGAAGUAUCACAACUUGGGAUGAUCUGCAGAUUAAGUUUUUAGCCCGGUUCUUUUCAGCAUCAAAGAGGGCAAAAUUGAAGGAUGAGAUUACAUGGUUCAAACAAAAAGAAUUAGAGUCUAUCUAUGAAGCUUGGGAGAGAUUCAAAACACUCUUGAGAAAAUCUGGUGGUUCAUUAACAACCAAGACUCCUCAGAAAGCCCUUGACAUAUUUGAAUCUCUAGCAUCUCAAGAAUUUGACAAUGCUCCACUAUUCUCUCAAAAUGUUGCUUCUGUGGACACUAAUUCUGUGUGUGCAAUUUGUGGAAAAGGCCAUGUUACAGAAGAUUGUGAUUAUGGGGGAUCUGCAGAACAAGCAGAAGUGAAUGGGGUAUGGUAUGAUCAGAGGAACCAAAACAACCAGGGGCGAAAUUUGUAUGUUCCACCAUGGAAGAAUAGAAAUCAACACCCAGGGUUCAGUUAUAGUUCUAAUCAUCAGUUGAAUCCUCCACUGCAUCCUCCUCCACCACAUUCUUCUCAACAAGGUGAUACCUCUGCAUGGGAGAAGGCUUUUGCACAGUUAUCUAAGACCACUACAGAAUAUAUUCAGGAAAAUGUUAAGGAAGAUAAGAAAGAAGAUGAAGUAGUUGUUGAAAACAAUUCUUCCCCCAAGAAGUUGAUGAAGUGGGAGAAGAAGAAAAUGGCUGACAAGCAAGACCAGCCAAUUAAUCUAUCUCCACAUGCCAAAGUUCCUUAUCCUCAGAGGUUGAAGCAAGAAAUUUAG